CUAUUAAGCACUGGGAGCUGUUCUUGGUGCUGAAACCACAUCUUGAUGCUGGGAGGGAGCUAUGAGCAGCCUGCUGCAUCCCUCUGUCUGAAACACACAGGAAGCAUUGAUAAAUAUGGCAUCUCCAAGGAAUUGUUGUCUUGCAAGAUGCUUGUCCAUGUUCUUUUUAAUCCUCCUAAUGUCCUUUGCUGAUGCUGCAUCUUUUCAAUACUAUCAAGUGCCCCAACAAGAACAGGAUUACAGAGUAAAAAGCAUUCAAAGGCUGCCUAGCCCAGACAUGCUAAAGGCAUUGGAGUAUAUUGAAAACCUCAGGAAACAAGCAAGCAGAACGGAAAGUAUCCCAGACUAUCCCUCCUAUCAAGGCGCACCAUACCUUUCAGAGCUGAAAGACACCAAUGUACAGACACUUUCGCCAGACAGUGCCAAAAACCCCUCCAUAGAUGAUGAGUCCGAAUGGAUGAGAGCCAUGUUGGAAGCCCUAAUGCAAGCAGAAAAAGAAGCUAAAAUAUCUCCCCAAGAAAAAAGCAAGACAUUCAGUGGCAUUAUGGACAAAAACAUUCCCGCAGAGUUGAUUGAGGACUAUGAAUCAAACAAGUGGCCAGAGAAAAGACCUAAAAGUGGCAAGUACCCUGCAAAGUACUACGAGGAUUACUCUAGAGACAGCCCUUUGAAGCGUACUAAUGAAAUUGUGGAAGGUCAAUACACUCCUCAAAAUCUAGCUACAUUGCAGUCUGUCUUCCAGGAACUAGGGAAAUUAAAAGGUCAAGGCAAUCAUAAAAGAGACCGUCUUGAAGAUGACCAGAAACUUUAUAAAGACGAUGAGGAUGACCUCUAUAAAGCCAACAAUAUCGCAUAUGAAGAUGUGGCUGGAGGGGAAGACUGGAAUCCAAUAGAGGAGAAGGUUGAGAGUCAGACUCAAGAGGAACUGAAAGAGAGCAAGGAAGAGUUGGAAAAAACAGAUGAUAUGGAGGAGGAGAUGAAACGAUCUGGACUCCUUGGUUUACAGGAGGACGACUCAGAGAAAGAUAAUAAAGAGCUAGAAUCUGAGAAUUUGUCAAACCUGAUGAACUACUACUUAAGGUCAGUGAUGAACAGAAUGGAAAAGGGUAAACAAAAUGCAGAGAAACGAUCAGCAAAGUACUCAGGAAAAGACCUGGACCCUGAUGCUAUUUAUCAACUUAUAGACAUAUCUAGAAAUUUACAAAUCCCACCUGAAGAUCUUAUUGACAUGUUGCGGGAUGAUGAUGGCAGGAAGUAUGGUGGAAGACUAGAAUCCGAGAAGGAAAUAGAGGUGCCUGAUGAUUUGGAUGAAAUAUCUGAAACCACAGUGGGAAAGGUGGAUGUAAUUAAAAACAAGCAGGGUUUUGUCAAGCAACCAUCAAGUUCCUCAUUGCCUAAUAUUCCUGAAGACCUGACAAUGGAGGAUAUGAUGGCUCUCUUAGGUGCAGAAAAGUUGCCGAAUAAAAAACCUGGCUUUCUCAAUCAGUUCCAUCAAAAAAAUGGUAUGUCAAGAUCUUAUUCAAUGCUAAGCAGACCUAAAGGACACAAAACUUGGCUGAAUGACUUUGAUAAGAGGCAAAUGGAGUAUGAGCCAAGGUCCGACAAGGAGGAAGAUUUAGCAGAAUACAUGGUAAAGAUGCUUACCAAAUACCCAGAACUGCUGGGAAACAACCAAAACAAAAAGUUAGCAUCCCUCUACCCACCAGGAGAUAUGCAGGAGCUUGAAAAGCAGUAUGAGAAGGCAUUGAGGGGUUAUCUCAACCUGAGAGGUCUCCAGGACUUAGAGACUUUGUCCAAGGAUAACAGAAGGCUCCAUACAGCCAGGGAGAGUGACGACACACAGAGCAAACCGUAUCCUGAUGAGGACAUGCUUAUGAAGGUCUUAGAAUACCUGAACCAAGAAAAAGCAGACAAAGUGAGAGAUCACAGUGUAAAAAGAUCUAUAGAAAAUAUGUAGCCUGUUUGUGUUAACCACUUAUCUGUAAAUUCUAUUUAUUUCCUUUCUUGGUUUGUUCUAGCUUUGACUAAGGUGGACAGAACUACAGUAUCUGUUCCACUACUGGGCAUGAUCAUCUGAUUUUCCAGUUAUGGGGUACACAAAUACAUUUUAUUUUUACAUGUCCAUUUCCAUGGCGACCUUGUUUUUGAUACUUAAUGAAAAAUGAAUAGUUUACAAACGCUGAAGGUUCUUUUUCCUGAAGUUUAGGAUGAUCAGUUGAAGAUUUGUACUGUUUGGAGAAUCAUUGUUUAUGUAAUGCUGAAGUUGUUAAGUCCAUGCUAAGCUCUAUAAGGAACAACAGCUGUUCUGCUAUCUAACAGUAAAGUAGUCUUAUUGUAUAGAAGUGAUGCAUUAACAGCUUUGUGCAUUGCGGAAGCUAGAUGGUUGGGGGACAUGUUUAACUCAUGGAACUGACCAUAUCUCUUCAAAAUGCUUGUUGCAUCAUUACAAAGUGAUGCUUUCUAAUUAAAGUGUGUCCAUUUAAUUUCAGCAACAUUAUUUUAAUUCCUUUAAUUUAGUCUUCUGAGCAAAUACCGUAAUUACCUAUUAUAUUUUAUAUUUUGUUAUGUAAUUACACAUUUAAUUGAGAGUACACUUAGAUCAGUAGAAAGACUCAGCUCUAUCGAGUUCAAUCUUCUAACCAUCCAAGUUUUUGCCCUUAAUCUGAAAUAGGUAAAUUGUCAUAUUCCAAUCAUAUUCUUUAGGGAAGCUUCUAAAGACAGAAAGUGUACAUUAUUAGUUCAUUAAUUCAAUUAGUAACUAAGAUGGCAACAUUGCCCCUGAGAAAAUACAUGCCUGAUAUAUCAGAAUCUUUAAUCUAUCUAAUGUCACUGCCAAAGAUGUCAUAUUUUCUUAAUAAGUGCCAAAUAUGGACUUAACACAUUCGUAAACAUUGUACUUCCCAUCCUUCUGCUUGUUAAAAUAUUGUGCUUACUGUAGCUCUACUUAAAGCAGGAAAGGUAAAGGAAGUAUGACUUAUUCAGUGAAUGAAAGAUAUCACACAAAGUUCCAUUUACAAACAUCUAGAAUUAUGACCAGAUUUGGCACAUCAACAUCGGAUGAAGCUGGGCCAACAAAUGUGCCAUAAAUGUCCUGUUAUGUAACUUAAUCCUUGCUUCUAUUACAGAUGAGUUCGUUUGUAGAGCUCCUCGAUGGGGCAUUUGUCUAUACUGCAAGCUGUACUAUCAUAUUGCUAUGUGGUACUAGAAGCAUUGCUAUAUACAUCUGUUGUUAGAUGACUGUAGCAACACACACGUUAUUAGCAGUACAACACACACAAAACAGCACUAGUAAGAACUAUUUAAAUCACAAAUUUAAUUUAAUGAGGUGAUGAAAACACAAUAAAAAUAAUGAUAUUGAGUCUUAAUAUGUUCCAAAUAUUAGGGCUACUUCAGCAGAGAUCUCACCACAUGUUCAUCAUUUUUGCAUUGCUUUGAUUGUCCAGCUUCUGCAUAGGGCCGUUUUGUCGUUCUCUGUGCAGGCGGAAUGUUGCCAUACUUGGCUACUCCAGUAAGUCACAGUCACUUUAAGCCAUCUGCUUAAAACAUGUAUUAUGAAUACAGCACAUUCAAUUUCACAGAUUACACGUCUACUAACAUUCCUGAGAGCAUUUUCCUUUGA